AUGGAAAUACUUCUUCAUCCUAAUCCAAUUCCACAAUUACUUGCUAAAAUAAUUAGAAAAGCUUGGGACCAUGAACCUUCUCAACGUCCAAAAGUCAUGGAGAUGCUAUCAGAUCUUAAGAAUCUUUAUGAUUGUUAUGUUCCUAAUGGUACUUCACCAAAAGUACGUCCUAAGGGUGAAAGUGAUGAUAUUCCUAGUUUUGCCCUUUCAUCAACAACUAAUAAUCAAAAACCUAAUAGCAACAAAGAAGAAAGUAUUUUUGGUUUACCUGAAGAUAGUGAAAAACUUACUUUAGACAAUAUUUCUGUCAUACAUACUUUAAGGCCUUUUGAGGAUGGACAUAAAGCACACCAAGCAAAGAAUGCAUUAAACUAG